AUGGGAGCUCCUGAAGAGAUGGACCAGUAUCUCCAAUCGAUUACAGCGGCCCUGGGGAGACUUAAUGCUGCCGCGAGUGAAUGUCAGUCGAGACUUCUUAUUGAACACGACGGAAGUAUAAAAGACCAUAGUGCCAAUCAGACUGUGCACGACAAUCUCGUACUGGAGGCCUACAAGUUCCUCCAGAUAGCGCAGGGCCCAAUAGAUGCUGUUGCCACUUGCUUUGAGAGGACGGCCCAUCUAGCAUGUACCCGGUCGUUGUUGGAAAUGGGGGCAUUUGAUAUGCUUCCCACCGGUGGUGAGGCCCGGAGUACGAAGGAGCUUGCGGAAGAGCUAGAGGUGGACGAAGCUCUCCUAGCCCGAUUAAUGAGGAACUCCGCUCUUUUUGAAGAGACUGGACCGCGUCAAUAUAGACACACUCCGUUUUCAGAAGCCUACCUCAACCCUGCAAUUCGGGGUAUGUUUCGCUUUGCAAUGGAUGAGCAUAUGCCAGCGCAUCUUAAGAUGCAUGAAUUCCUGAAACGCAAUUCAUGGAGGGAACCAACAUCUACUAGUGAUAAUCCAUACACGUAUGCCCAUGACACGAAUGGAAAGAGCAUGUGGGCAUACCUCUCUGAGCGGCCCACGAGAAUGGCAUCUUUCAAUGAUGGUAUGACAUUGCAGGCAAUGACUGAGUUGUGGAUGAUCGAUCUCUUCCCCUGGGAAAGUCUCUCAGACUUGCAUCCUACUCCCACCACAGUGGUUGCGGUGGAUAUCGGCGGUGGUACGGGGAAGGGAAUUUCUCGCAUUCGGUCUCACUGUGGUAGUCUUUCUGGCAGAUUCAUCCUUCAGGAUCAGGCACAUGUGAUCCAAAAUGCGGAUCCACUUGGCGAUGGAAUUGAGAACAUGGCAUAUAAUUUCUUUGAGGAGCAACCUGUUCGAGGAGCUCUUACCUAUCUAAUUCGCCGCUGCCUCCAUAAUUGGCCUCAGGACAGUAUUGUCGAGAUCCUGAAGAACGUCGCAGCGGCAAUGCAGCCAGAGAAGUCCCGGCUUCUUAUUGAGGAAAUCAUUGUUCCUCAUGUGAACGCCGGGGUCGAGGAAGGAUGGAUGGAGAUGGUUAUGAUGAACCUUGGUGCUAAACAGAGAACAUUAAAGGAUUGGGAAGAAGUUCUUGAUUUAGCUGGGCUUGAAGUCAGAGAAGUUUAUCAAAUUGCUGGAAACUGCCACGGUCUCCUUGAGGCGCGGCUCAAGUGA